GAAAUGGUGUCAAAUACUUGUUACUGUACACGAUUGUUGGCUAUAAAUAGGAGUCGUUCUUUCAAUUAUCUUCCCUCUAAAUCUAAACAGCCUGGAAAUUCACUGUUCUCUCCAAUCUUUUCAAAGCUAAAUCUUCAAAGACGUUUUAAUUCUGGGUUUUCCAGAGUUUCUCAUAAUCCAGCGUUGUCGGUGUUAUCUUUUAAGAGAAGUGAUUUAAAGAAGCAGGAGGAGGAGGAGGAAGAAGAAGAAGGGAUGACGAUUAAACCGGCCGUUCGGAUCGCCGAGAGGAAAUUAGUCGUGAAGAACCGGACAAUCCUAACCGGAGUUCCCGAAAAUGUUAUGGCGACGUCCGGCACGGGGUCCGGUCCGGUGGAGGGGGUUUUCCUGGGAGCUGUUUUCGACGAAGAGAACAGCAGGCACGUGUUGCCCAUCGGGACUUUACGCGACGUCCGGUUCAUGUCGUGUUUCCGGUUCAAGCUAUGGUGGAUGGCCCAGAAAAUGGGAGAUCAAGGCAAAGACAUACCCAUGGAGACCCAAUUCCUAUUGGUGGAAACCAAAGAAGGGUCCCACCUGGAUUCCUCCGGAGAAAAUCAGAUCGUUUACACCGUCUUCCUCCCGUUGAUCGACGGCCCGUUCCGAGCCGUUUUACAAGGGAACCAGGACGACGAACUCGAACUGUGUUUAGAGAGCGGCGACGCCGACACCAAAGCGUCGUCGUUUACACAUUCCGUUUAUAUCCACGCCGGCACCGAUCCUUUCGCUACAAUCACGGAAGCAAUCAGGGCCGUCAAGUUACAUCUCAGAACUUUCCGGCAACUACAUGAGAAAAAAUUGCCCGGAAUCGUCGACUAUUUCGGGUGGUGUACCUGGGACGCUUUUUACCAGGACGUGACUCAAGAAGGCGUCGAAGCUGGGCUCGAGUCUUUAGCAGCCGGCCGAACGCCGGCGAAGUUCGUGAUCAUCGAUGACGGAUGGCAAUCCGUAGGAGGCGACACAAACAGGGAAGAAACUCCGUCGUCAUCUGCUGAUCAGUCGGAAACGAAACAACCGCCGUUGCUCCGUUUGACGGGGAUAAAAGAAAACGAGAAAUUCCAGAAGAAAGACGAUCCGAAGGUGGGGAUCAAAAACAUCGUCAACAUCGCAAAGGAGAAACACGGGUUGAAGUACGUGUACGUCUGGCACGCGAUCACCGGGUACUGGGGCGGAGUCCUGCCCGGGGUUGACGAAAUGGAAGGAUACGGGUCGAAAAUCCGGUACCCGUUGGUUUCCAAAGGAGUGGUGCAUAAUGAACCGGGUUGGAAAACCGAUGCGAUAGCGGUUCAAGGGUUGGGUUUAGUGAACCCGAAAAAUGUGUACAAAUUUUACAACGAAUUGCACAGUUAUCUGGCGGAUGCGGGCAUAGACGGAGUUAAGGUGGACGUGCAGUGCAUUUUGGAAACCCUCGGCGCGGGUCUCGGCGGCCGAGUGGAGCUGACGAGGCAAUAUCAUCAGGCUCUCGAUGCAUCGGUCAACCGGAAUUUUCCCGGUAACGGGAUCAUCGCUUGCAUGAGCCAUAACACCGAUGCACUCUACUGUUCGAAACAGACGGCGGUCGUAAGAGCGUCGGACGAUUUCUACCCCCGGGAUCCAGUCUCACACACCAUCCACAUUGCGGCGGUGGCCUACAACAGCGUUUUCCUUGGUGAAUUUAUGCUGCCGGAUUGGGAUAUGUUCCACUCUCUUCAUCCGGCCGCCGAGUAUCACGCCUCGGCACGCGCUAUUAGCGGCGGCCCGCUCUAUGUCAGUGAUGCCCCCGGACGACACAACUUCGAGCUCUUGAAGAAACUCGUGUUGCCUGAUGGGUCCAUUCUCCGUGCUCGUUUGCCUGGACGGCCUACUCGCGAUUGCUUGUUUACGGAUCCGGCUCGUGAUGGUGUUAGCUUGUUGAAGAUAUGGAACAUGAACAAGUACACCGGAGUCCUCGGUGUUUACAACUGCCAAGGUGCAGCAUGGAACAGAGCUGCAAGGAAGAAUACUUUCCACCAAACCAAUACGGACUCCAUAACAGGCCAUGUGAAGGGUCGUGACGUCCAUCUCAUUUCCGAGGCCUCGCUGGACCCUGAAUGGCCCGGUGACUGUGCAGUAUACUCCCACCGGACCCAUGAACUAAUCACCCUUCCAUACAAUGCAUCCAUGCCGGUUUCCCUCAAGGUCCUCGAGCAUGAAAUCUUCACACUAACACCUAUCAAGCACUUGGCACCAGGGUUCAGUUUUGCACCCUUGGGACUUAUCGGCAUGUACAACUCCGGUGGCGCCAUUGAGGAUCUAAAAUAUGAAGUUAAAGAUGGAGCCAAACUAUCUGAGCUCGAUAUCGGAUAUGAAGGUGAAAGCAGUGGUCUUGUCGGUGCGAUGGUGGAGAAUUCUAGCAAUGAAUUGGUAGGAAAAGUAUGGAUGGAGAUCAAAGGUUGUGGAAGCUUUGGUGCUUAUUCAUCAGCCAAGCCGAGGAAGUGCACCGUCGGAUCUAGUGAAGUCGAGUUCGAUUACGAUUCUUCCUCUGGGUUGCUGAAGUUCGGUUUGGGAAGAAUGCCGGAGGAAUGGAAGAAGGUCCAUGUUGUUGAAGUUGAGUUGAGUUAAACGUAGCAGAAGAGUAGUAUCAGAUUCACAAGAGAGUAGAUUUGCCUCCUAUUUUUUUACCCAUUUUUUUAGGUUUCAUGUAUUAAAUAUGGAGUGAAAAAAUUGAAAUAAAAGUUUCUUCUUGCUAUUAAA